AUGUCUCGCAAAGCAGCGUAUGUCACAUUGCUAACCAAAGCAUCCUACCUCCCCGGCGCACUAGUGCUGCAUUACUGUCUGGUUUCCGUGGGUUCAAAGUACCCGCUGGUAAUCAUGGUAACGACAAAUCUACCCCAAGACGUUAUGGACGUCUUGCGAAGGAGGGGGAUUACUACGCGGACCGUAGACCAUCUUCUACCCGAAGAGGGCACCCAUAACCUCCAUGCUCACGAUGAGCGUUUCAUGGAUACAUGGACAAAGCUGAGAGCAUUCGAGCUUACAGAAUACGAACGUGUCGUUAUGCUCGACUCCGAUAUGGUUGUCAUGAGAAACAUGGACGAGUUAAUGGAAAUCGCGCUACCCAAAGACUGGAUUGCCGCCGUCCACGUAUGCGCGUGCAAUCCGCGCAAGCUACCGCAUUACCCUUCGGACUGGAUCCCCGACAACUGUGCGCAUACCCCGAUGGUACAUCCAACGGCACUCACGUCGCCGCCGCUCAUCACAGAAACCAGUCCGCGCCCUUACAACCUCCUAAACUCCGGAACGGUCGUGCUUAAUCCAUCAGAAAGCCUCUUUGUCGCCAUUAGACACUUCCUCUCCACAUCGCCUCUUGUACCCACCUUCUCCUUUCCCGAUCAGGACCUCCUUGCGGUCUUUUUUAGCGGAAAAUGGAAGCCUCUGCCGUGGUGCUAUAAUGCGCUCAAGACGCUGAGGAUCGUACACAAACCGCUAUGGCGCGACGAGGAGGUGCGAUGUCUGCACUACAUUUUGAACGAUAAACCGUGGACUCAGCCGCCCGGAGCUGGCGGCGACCACGAAGAAGUGAACCAGUGGUGGUGGGAUCGAUAUGAAAAGUUGGAGGGAGAAAUGCAGGCGUCGGAUAGCGCAGGCUGGAAGCUGGUAUCCUCGAAUGUCGCGCAGCGCUGA